AUGUCGGCGCCCGACGACCUUCAGCCCUCCUAUCCCGACCCCGGCCUGGUCGCUGCUGACACCGACGCGCAACAACAACAUCAACAGCAGCAGCAGCAGCAGCAGCAGCUGGAGCAGGACCAGGUCGCCCAGCUUGCCGACGACCAGCAUCAGCACCAGCAGCACCAGCAAUCUCACCAUCCCUCGCAGCUCCCGCCCGACCACGAGCACGACCACCAGCAACACCACCACCAUCAUCAUCAUCACCAUGACCAACAGCAUCUUGACCAGCAGCAGCAGCAGCAGCAAGGAGACGAGGACCCGUCCCUGCAGUAUGAUGGCAUCCCGUCGCUGGCUGCCGCCACCGCCGUCGCCCACCAUGGCCUGCAGGCCUUAGAAGCUGCCACCGCCGCCCUGCCCGGCGAGCCCAACGCCCUCGUCCAACAGUAUGCCCAGUCGGCCUCCAUGCAUGUGGCCGACGACCAGCAGCAGUAUGCCCCCGUCGUCGCCCAGCACCAGCAUCCGCACCAGCAGCAGCACCAGCAGUCCAUGAUCAAUGGCGCAUCCCCUUCGCCGGCCACCCCUACGAAUCAGCAGAAGGUCACCAGGCUGCGACGCGCCUGUGAUAUGUGCAGCCAGCGCAAGGUCAAGUGCGACGAGAGCGGCCCGCCCUGCAAGCCAUGUCGCGACCUCCACGUCGAGUGCACCUUCUCGCGCGAGAUGAAGCGCCGCGGCCCCCCGAACAAGCACGCCGAAGCGGCCAAGGCGGCCAAGCGAGCACGACUGGAACAGGGUCUGGAGACCGGCCUCUCGCCCACUCCCCAGCACGCCGCCGAGGCCCUGGUCUCCAUCGGGGGCAGCAGCUUCUUGGACGCCGAGACCAUUGCCCCCUGGCCCGUCUUGUCCCUCCUCAUAGACGACUUCUUCACCUACAUCCACCCGCUCAUGCCCUUCCCCCACGAGCCUACCUUCCGCCAGGCCUUCAACGCCCGCACCGACAGAACGAGCCGCGAGUUCCUCGCCCUCCUCGCCAGUAUGAUCGGCGCCCUGGUCGCCUCCUUCCCGCGGAGCGCCAGGGCUCAGCUCAAGUCCAGCCACAGCACGACCCUCUUCCCGACCGCCGUCACCAUGAUCGAGCGUUGUCGCCUGGUUGCCAUGGAUGCGCGAGGGUGCACGUACAUGGCCAAGGACGAGUUGACGGUCGACGAUGCCGCCACGAGCUACUUCUUGGCCAUCGCCGCUGCGUACACGCUGCAGUGGAAGCCCUGCAAGAGAUACAUGGCCGAGACAAUGACCUUCUGCCGAGAGCUCUCGGCACAGCGCCGCGCCGAGGCUCCUUCCAACAUCGCCGAGAUUGCUGCCGCCCUCACCGGGGCCAACAAACCCGUCGAUCAUGUGCGGGAUCAGAUCAGCAAGCGCAUCUUCUGGGUGGUGGUCGCUGGCCUCAGGUCCAUGACACAGCUGGGCACUUCAAUCAAUGAGAUCCCCCUGCCCCCCCCUACGAAUCAGGAGCCCUACCCGGACCUGCCCGUCGAGGUCGACGAUGAGUACAUCUACGCAGACCAGAUCCUAGCGCAGCCUGCAGGCACCCCGUCCUUGAUCACCGGCUUCAACCACAACGUAAACACGUACAUGGCCAUGAACGAGCUCGUGGGCGUCGACAUGUGCUAUGGCAUCAACUUUUUCGAGUGGUCUGCACAGAAGUCCAUGCUCAGCAAUGCCUUGUCGUCGACAAAGGCUCAUCUAGGACGGCUGCCCGACUCCCUGCAGGUCAAGGUCGACCUCGGCCAGAUCGAAAACGGCGGUGGAGCUGUCGCUGACGAUCCUGCUUUGCAGUACUGCCCGCCCGCAUUCCCCGACACCCAACCCGUCAACGACGUGCGGCACACUCUGGCUGAGGACCCGCUCAGGCGGCGACGACUGCAGCUGGAGAUACAAAAGGCCAACAUCUACGCAUCGCAGCUUGCGACGCGCUCCUACUUUGUGGAGCGUUACCUCAACCUGCGCGAUUCCCAUCGAGGACAGGCGGCUCUAGCAGAGGACGGCGAGGCCAAGGCUGACGGCGACGACGUCAAGGAUGAGAUAGACGAGAUGGUCUACCAGGAGCGGGAGGACAUCGUGGAGAACCUCCUGACGGUUCUGACAUCCAUCACGCAGCGCAAUAUGGAGCCGAACGGUGUUUCCCUGGUCAACAAGAUCCGACAGAUCGCGAGUACCCUGUUGAAUGAUGCCCCUGAGCGCAAGGGGCCCGUGGCCAUGAAGGCUGAAGAAUAUCUCCACAAGUUUCUCGAGAUUCUGAUGAAGCUUGAGAGAACCGGUGCCAGUACGGCAACCGGAACAGGGCACAUGACCCCUCAAGACGAGGAACAGGAGUUGCAACACUGGGCAAGUCUACGAGACUACCAGAUCCAGUUUGUUGCCAACGGUGGUUUUCUAGGGUCAGACUACUGA